AUGCCCGUAACACAACGGUAUACUGCUGAGUCGGGUAUGGAUGAAGUUUCUCGGAUUGAGGCUUUGAUGGAAGGAAUUAAUGCGGAACUCGAUGAAUCAAUGAUACACCAUGAUACUCCUGCGACGGUAAACGCCUGUGCGACACUUUUGCAACGGUUGGACAAUCGCCGUCGAGCGGCAGAAGCUAAACAAGGGAGUAAAAAGUCUUGGAAUGUUACCACUACUCCGACCCCUCGUCCCCCACCAGCGAAUCCUGUUUCUGCUCCCCGUGCUGCCGCCCCAGUCGCCAAUGUACCUGUUACUGAAAGUCAUCCCUCAUCCCGCCUGGGAGGUGAUGUACCAAUGGAUCUAUCUGGAGGACGCC